AUGACAGGGCGUGUCAUUAUCAUAACUGGAGCUAACUCGGGAAUUGGAUUCCGUGCUGCGGAACAGCUGUGUGAGGCAGGAAAUGAUGUAAUUCUGGCCUGCCGCAGUGAAGAACGGGCCAAGACAGCCAUUGAAAAGAUAUUCAAGAAGUCACCAAAUGCAUUGGCCACAUUCAUGCAGUGUGACCUCGGUGACCUGGCAUCUGUGAGAAAGUUUGUAGAUGAUUUCCAUGCCACUGGAAAGAAGCUACAUGUGCUGUUGAACAAUGCUGGUGUGUUUCUGUCCAAUGACACUCGACGACAAUUUACAGCUGAUAAUUUUGAGCUUACCAUGGGAACAAACCAUCUUGGACCUUUCCUGUUGACUCAUUUGUUACUGGAGGACUUGAAGAAGACUGCAGAAGACAGUGAUGCAGAUUGUCGUAUCAUUAAUGUGACUUCCUCUCUUCAUGACUCAGCCAUGCCACCAAAGAACGCUGCAAGGAGACAGCCAUUGGAUGUGGAGAAUUUUUUCCUGGAGAAGGAAGGAACCUAUAACAAUCAACUUAGCUACAAAAAUUCGAAAUUAGCAAUGGUUCUGACCACAUAUGAGCUGUCAAAACAUCUACAGGGCACUGGAGUGACUGUCAACACACUCUGUCCAGGCUUUAUACCCAGUACCGAGUUGUGUCGACAUGCUGGAGGAGGGCAGAAGUUCUUCUUGCGAUACAUUCUGGGAACAAUGUUACGCCCAGUGAUGAAGCCUGUUAAGACACUGGAGAACGGAGCUAAAGCUGUGGUGGAUCUUGUUGUUAAUGAAGAACUUAAAGGUGUGACUGGUAAGUACUACAAGGACAUGGUGGAGUCUGUGUCUUCAGAAGAGUCCAGAAAUGAGGAAUUGCAGACAUCAGUUUAUGAGCUGAGUGCCAGGUACUGCCACCUUGAAGGUUAUGAACCCCUUGAUGCUCCCAUUCCUCCCCCAGAGGAACCGAAACCCAGUCCGAAAAAGUCUAAGAAGGUGAAGAAGGCUGUGGCGCCUGAAGAAACAGCUGGCCCCAGUGGAGACAUAGAAGAAACAAAGGAGGAUAUCAAAGAAAUUGUUGACAAAACUGAAGACGAAAUGAAAUUUGCUGAUGAAGAUGAUAAACCAGAUGAGACUGCAGUUUGUGAGAAAGAUGAACAUGAGGAAGAAGUGAAAGAUUCUGGGAAAGAAGAAGAAAUAAAGGAAACAGAAAAGGAAGGAGAAAAAGAUACUGAGAAAGAGGAAAAGAUUCAGGAUGUGGAGAAGGAAGAAGUCAAGGAAUCUGAGAAAACGGAGGAAGUAAAGGAUUCUGAGAAAGAAGUAAAGGAAGAGGAACUGACAAGAGAUGUGGAGGAGGGAAAGAAAAUAGAGGACUCUACUCCUACCAUUACUGCAGAAAUUGCUGUGGCUUAGGGGUCAAGAGGUAGAGAGGGGACUAUUUGCAGGUUGA